UAUAUAUAUAUAUAUAUAUAUAUAUAAUUCCAAACACAUUAAUUACCAUACCCUCGUGAACUACUCAAUUUCACUAACUUCGAUCACUCUCUUUUUUUUUUUUUACUCUCUCCCUCUCUUCGUUUCAAAUUCAUAUGAUACAGCGCACUCUCUCUCUAUAUUAGGCAACACAUAGGCACACGUACUUUUUUUUUUUUUUGUCUAUAUAUACACUUUGAAGGAGACCUAUAGUGAGAGAUAUAUAUAUGUAUAUGUACAUGACUGAGUCUCUGUCUAAAACUCAGUUUGUUUGGCUAAGUAGAUUAUUAUCACAAGAUCAGUUUCCAAUGGAGUUGGUGGGCUUCAUUUGGGUGGUGUUGGUGGCCAUUUUUGGUGGUCUUUUGGCUCUCAGGUGGCUGCUUAAGAGUGUGAAUGUGUGGUUCUAUGAAACUUAUAAGCUGGGUGACAAGAGGUUUUCUCUGCCUCCAGGUGAUUUGGGGUGGCCUUUCAUCGGCAACAUGUGGUCUUUCCUCAGAGCUUUCAAGUCCACCGACCCUGAUUCUUUCAUGUCCAGCUUUGUUACCAGAUUCGGGCGUACUGGAAUUUACAAGGCCUUCAUGUUCGGUAAUCCAAGUGUGAUAGUUACCUUGCCCGAAACAUGUAGGAGAGUCUUAACAGAUGAUGAAAACUUCAAGACUGGUUGGCCUACCUCCACUCUGGAACUCAUCGGAAAAAAAUCAUUUAUUGGCAUUUCCGAUGAAGAGCACAGGCGCCUGAGGCGUUUAACUGCAUCGCCUGUCAAUGGUCCCGAGGCAUUGUCCAUAUACAUCAGAUAUAUAGAAGAUAAUGUGAUAUCUGCCUUGGAUAAAUGGACUGGCAUGGGACAAUUUGAGUUCUUAACUGAACUACGAAAGCUCACUUUCAAGAUAAUAAUGUACAUUUUCCUGAGCUCCGAGAGUGAACAGGUGAUGGAAGCUUUGGAGAGAGAAUAUACAACACUUAACUAUGGUGUUAGAGCCUUGGCAAUCAAUGUCCCCGGAUUUGCUUACCAUAAAGCACGAAAGGCACGAAAAAAGCUGGUGGCUAUUUUUCAAACUAUAGUGGAUGAGCGAAGGGCGCAGAUGAAGAAUUGUCCACCAACAUCGAAGAAAGACAUGAUGGAUGCGCUAUUAGAUGUUGAAGAUGAGAAUGGGAGAAGAUUAAACGAUGAAGAGAUAAUUGAUGUUCUAGUAAUGUAUUUGAAUGCUGGACAUGAAUCUUCUGGCCACAUUACAAUGUGGGCUACCCUUCUUUUACAAGCGCAUCCUGAAUUCUUCCAGAAAGCUAAGUCCGAACAAGAGUUAAUAGUACGGAACAGACCACCAACACAGGAAGGGUUGACCCUCAAGGAAGUUAAACAGAUGAAUUAUCUCUCCAAGGUGAUCGAUGAAACACUUCGUCUAAUAACAUUUUCAUUGACGGUCUUCCGAGAGGCAAAAGCAGAUGUUAAUAUAAAUGGUUAUACCAUUCCCAAAGGUUGGAAAGUUUUGGUAUGGUUUAGGACAGUUCACUUGGACUCUGAAACUUAUCCUGAGCCAGAGGAGUUUAAUCCUUCAAGAUGGGAUGGUUUUACACCCAAAGCAGGUACUCACCUUCCCUUUGGAUUAGGAAGCCACAUGUGCCCGGGAAAUGAUCUUGCGAAGCUAGAAAUUGCUAUCUUUCUGCACUAUUUUCUCCUUAAUUAUGAGUUAGAACAGACAAAUCCUGGAUGCCGAAUGAUGUACUUGCCUCAUUCAAGGCCAAAAGACAACUGCUUGGCAAAAAUAAGAAGAGUCUCUCCUUAAUUUCUAGUUGUAUUAGACAAUAAACAAUAUAUAUAUAUAUAUAUAUUUAUUGGGUCAUAUGUUUGCUUAGUGAUAUAUAAUAAGAGCAUGCUUAUUGUUUUCAUAUUUAUUUUCUUUGCUUAAU